AUGUCAGACCUUGAUGUCGCCAGUCAUUACAACCUUCCCUCCGAAUUCCCCGAAGAGUGGCCAGCAGCGCUGGAUGAGGCCGACCAGUCCGAGGAGGAACCAGUUCAACGAACGAAGUCUCGCCCUCGCAAGUCGCGUUACUUUGCUCUAGAACGCACCCCAAGUGAUUGGAGGAGCAACUUUGGAUCACGCCGGGGAAAGGAGAAUAGGGAAAAUCCUCAGAAUGACGAACCAGACCCGCUCGGAGCUGGCGAUAGUGUCAUGCGCAUCCUGAAGCAGAGAGGGCUGCGCAUGGAGGAUGAAGGGGGUAAACGAUCACGGUUCCUGCUCUCGUCGACCUCGUUCUCGCCCGCCCUAUUUCUUUCCCAAGCACACCACUCGGACUCCAUCGAAUCGCUUAUCGACGGUCUAGACCACCUGUCGCAAUCCAUCGACCAGAAGUCAGCGUCCCUGAAGGUACUGGUUGAAGCCAAUUUCGAACGCUUCGUCCGUGCCAAAGCAACAAUCGAUAGUGUAUACAAAGAAAUGAGAGAUCAAGGAGUAUCAAAGGAGCAAACAUUGUCUGCUCGUCGGUCAGGGCACUUCCGGAGUUAUUCGGGUCAACAGCGGGGACCAUCGCCUGCUCCUGCCCCGGCAGUGAUAGGAACCCGGAAGAACGCAUUAACUAAGGAGAGCGAAUAUGGUAUGAAAGGAAUUCGUGGACCAUUGGUAGAGGCAUCUGUCAAGGCAGAAGAGGUCUGGGGUCCUGCCCUUGGAGGUCGUGAUCGAGAGCAGAUGCUGAAGUCAGUUGUUGACUCGAUGGAAAAACACCGCGAUGUCUACGAGAUUGGAAGCCAUUUAUUCAAAUCCAUCCAGCAACGCGACUAUGACUCGGUCUUUGAGCAGUAUACUAAAGCUCGAACGUUAGCAAACAGAGCACAGAAUAUUGUGGAGCAAGCCUCCAGCUCCAAUCGACAAUUGGCCGACCAUGAGGCGCAUACUAUUUUAGCAAUGGGAAGAAUGUGGAUGGAUGUCGACCAGCAGAUUCAUGCCUUUAAGCGCGAUCUCUGGCGACGACUUAGUGACGCGCCGACUACCUCAACUACGAGCACAGCGUCAGGUCCCGUCGAAGAGCAUAUGGAGCUGAUUGGUGCUUUGCUGGAACUGGGUGUCGAAAAUAACCCUAUCUGGACAUGGCUUCAUAGCCGCUAUAAUUUCCUUAAGCUCAAGAUCACUUCUUUCUGUGAGCGGUGCAAAGUUGAGAUCGAGAUCUUGCGGCGGCGCCUUGCCAACGGAGAAAAGCCAAGCGCAGAUGUCACGGCAUCAUAUCUGCGCCUGGCACCUCGCGAUGGUCCCUCGAAGUUCCCGGAGAGACUGGAUUCAGACCAUGUUAUUGAGCUGUGGGAUUGCAUUCAAGCGUUCCUCAGUCGUCUCCUUUCUUCACAAAGUGGAUUACUUGGUGAAGCACUUGAUUUCUGGGAAGUCACGCAGUCGUUCAUUGACGGUAAUCGUCAAAGACUUCUUCCUGUCGGGUUUGAAGGAGAGAGUCGAAAGCAUCACAAGUUAUCCCCUGAGAACGUGCAGGAGCUCGAGAGGGGCAUUGUAGAAAUCAUUAAUCUGAUUCGACAAAAUGUCCUCUCGCUGUUCAACGAACCCCCGACUGAAGACAUCUCCCUUCUCUCCUCUCCCAUUCCACCGAGCCCGACUAGUCCGGCCUCCAGAGGCAUCACUCCGACCGAAUCCCGGUUCAAAUUGGAUCCCAAGAAUCUCCCAAUUCCAGUGCCCAGGCGAGGAGAACACUGGGAAGACUUUGCGUUCUGGCCUCCUUUCUCCAACUCUCUCAGCGGUGUGCACUAUCUAAGCAAAUUCCUCACGACCGUUGGUACAGCUGCUAGUGAGAUGGCAGCGCUGCGUCCUGUGGGAAGCGCGGGUGCCACGCAUGAUCUCUUGAAAUCGCUUGUGAGCAUCGUUCGAGAGCGUGCGGCACGCGUGGCAUGCGAUGCAUGGAGCAAAGACGCUGAGGUUUGCAAGAUGCUGGAGGACUGGACGCGUGACUCCGAGAAACGAGACUUGACAAAGAUGCCGGGUUUAUUUGCGGCUUUUGAAGGCGCCAUCCUCGGUGGCAUGCAGAAGAUCUUGUAUAUAUCCGAUGCCACGGCGAAAUCUGGAUCGGUGGAUGUUGUCACUCAACCGCCUGCGAAAAUGCUUCAGAUGGUCCGCACUCAAUUUGUAUCGAGUGUCUACAAGGCGUUGAGUGGGCUGGUUGAGAACGCAGAACGUCUGGCUGCUUCGGACGAAGAAAAUGAAUGGGUUAUCUCUCGGCCAGUCAUGACCAGCCAGGUAAUUGAUGCUGCUUUGUCCGUCUUGAGUGCCGACUCUGUGGACUCUUCGAACAGGAACGUGCGAAUUCUUCUCACGCUUUCAAACCUUAAGGCUCUCCAAGCCGAGCAUGUUCCACAGUUGAUUGCGAACUUCGAAACAUCCUUCUCUGUCAAACUGACCGAGGAAGGAAAGACUGUUCGCGAUGUCCUCAGUCAGAUUGAGGAUCGACUUUUCCAGUCAUACACAAAACCCACCAUUGCUGCGCUAGAUGAAACUAUCAAAGCGGGUAUCACUGCUGCAGACUGGGAGCCAUCAACCGAUCGGCCCGAGCAAGUUCGACCAUAUGUUUACAACACCAUGUUAACUCUGGUGUUGGUGCAUACCGAAAUUUCUACUACUAUACCGUCUACCGUGAAACCGAGCUCCAGUCGUUCAUCUCCAAACGCCCCGUCAUCAUUAUUGGCCACUAUAUUGACGCAUCUCCUUGUGAAUGUCUCCUCAUCCCUUCUCAAUGCCUUCCGCUCUCGCCCCUCUUUUUCACUUGCUGCUUUGAUGCAGGCCACGUUGGACACCGAGUUCAUCGCCCAGACCCUGUCUCAAUACUCCACCGACCAAGCAUCAGAUAUACAAAGCCAGGUCUAUGUAGAACUGGAUCGCCGUACUACGAAUGAAGCCCGCACAAAACUCCAAGCGGAGUUGGGAGAGAUGAGGGUUGUCUUGAAACGAUUGAGGGAUCGAACCAAGGGGGAGUUUGCUUGCUUCAAGAAGCCUAGGAGCGGCGGCUCCAAGCCAUCUACCUCAGCAUAG